ACUUGCUUAAAAACUGGGUGUGCGCAAGUUAUUACACCCCGUGUCCCCGCUUAGGCAAACAUCGUCUGAGUGCGAAGAAAACACCAACUUGAUCCUUCCAACCCUCCUUGGGAAAACCUAACACGUCUUCGUACAUACUGGCUCGUCUGUGUUCGCUGAUGUACACGUACGUGUGUCCCGGACACGGAUAGCCAUGUUUGUGAGCCAAAAACGUUGUAGACCGAGGCCUCACUGAUCCAAAACAGACUAAAAGGCAGCAGCAAGAGGAAGACUUAACACGCUUUGGACGUUUUUGCGAUUUUCUUGCCUUUUCGUCGAGCGGAUGUCGCAUGUUGUCAUUCGGAUGGUCUCUCCCGUGCUGGAAUGCUGGCAGGACUCAUGGUGCGGUGAGCUGUGUAGUCGAAACGGUUGAAUGCAAAGUUCUGCUGUUAACAUCGAAACAGGUGCAACGGAAAACGUGACUCUUAACCGGCGACUUUGAUAAACAGGAAGACCAUUCAUAGACUACUGUUGUUGCCCUCCUGUUUGAAAGUCCCCCUACAUGUAACAAGGACGUUAUAUAACGUCCUUGCAUGUUAGUACUUUGCAUGCAGAGCACCGGAGGAAGACAAUUGACCGCUAAUCCGCGGUAAAACUGGUUAACGGGUCGCAGCAAACAUGGCUCGCUCCGGUUUGUCGGCGGGGUUUCUCGCAAGCUCAGAAACGUACAGAAAAUAUCGCCAAUCCUUGGACAUGGCUACUACAUUAGACCGCGAAGGCUCGGCUUUGGAGGAAAUUCCACUCCUUCCAUGGGGAGGGGGGACGAAAAAACUGGAACGCUCUGUCUCAACCGGGGCACCUUCUAAGCUUCAAGUGACGAUUUGUAUCCUUCUGGUAGAACUGGCUGAGAGAGUCACGUUCUUCAGUGUUAUUGCCAACAUGGUGCUGUUUUGUACAGUUGAACUUGACUACACCAGCGCCACGGCGGUCAGUAUCAGUCAUGUGUUUAUCGGGAUGAGCUUGAUCGUGCCUUUGGUCGGGAUUUGGGUCGCGGAUUCCUACCUGGGCAAGUGCAAGGCUAUCGUCAUAAGUGCAAUAAUUCACUUCUUGGGUUCUGCUCUACUCCCUGUUAUGGCGUUUCCGUUUGAUGAGUUGUUGGAACACCACAGAAGCCCGCCUUACAGCCUGACUGAUUCACAAAAGGAGGGGAUCUUCCUCCUCGCCCUCCUCUUCAUCUCAGUUGGUAUCGGCGGCAUCAAAGCGAACGUCAGCGCCUUUGGAGCGUACCAACUCAGGGAUCUAGGGGAGCAAGAGUUACAGUCGUUUUUUAACUGGUGGAUUUGGUUGAUGAACGUGGCGUCAGCCAUGGCGUGUCUGGCCAUCUCCUACAUCCAGCAGGAGGUGGACUUCUACAUCGGCUACCUGAUCCCGGCAGUCGCCAUGCUGGUAGCUCUGCUCGCCCUGUACCUGGGGAGGAAGUCUUACGUCCAUCUACCGCCCAGCAAAGUAAGCCCUCUAGCCACGACUCUCCGAAUCGUCUUCCAAGCGACGAAGAACACCGUGAGAUGGAGGGGCAGACUGGGUGGUCACGUGGACUCCUGGCUAGACCGAGCCAAGGAAAGUUGCGGGGGGUCCUAUUCAGACACACACGUGGAGAUGGUGAAGAAACUGGAGAGAAUCUUUCCCGUCUUCCUGGUGCAAGUCUUAAACAGAACUGUCUUCUAUCAGAUACCGACGACAUUCUUCCUACAGGCCAUGCGGUUGAACUUGGACGUGGGUUCGACCGGGAUAGUCCUUCCUAUCGCCGCGCUGAACCUGUUUGCUAUCAUCCCCAUACUGUUGCUGGUCCCCCUCAUGGAUAGAGUGGUAUAUCCCAUGCUUGAGAUGUGCAAUAUUAGGCCGAGUCCACUAAAGAGAAUGGGUGCUGGUCACUUCCUUGGGUUGCUGGCUAUCUUGGUCGCAGCGGGGAUGGAGAUCGCACGUAAAAACGUCAUAGAGGAGGGCGGAGUCGUGAGGCAGUGGCUGGGCGGCGUCCCCUUCAACGCCUCUUCUAUCAACGCCCUAUGGCUGGGUCCACAGUACCUGUUAGUCGGGACGGGGGAGGUGUUCGUCAUGUCGUCAGGUAUCGAGUUCGCCUACACGGAGGCCCCCGCCCCUCUCAGCACCGUGGUUAUGGGCCUGGUCGGGAUCACCAUGGGGCUGGGCAGUCUCACAGGCGCAGUACUUAUCAACGUGGUGAAUGCUGCCACACCAGGCACAGAGUGGUAUCCGGACGAACCAAACGAAGGAUACCUGGAGGCGUACCUCUUCCUACUGGCCGCUCUGGGGCUGCUGAACUUCGUGGCGUUUUGCGGGGUGGCGUCACGGUACAAGUACGUGGCACAGGAGGAGGAAGAACGGGAACGAGACACACUCCGCCUGGUGACGUAUUUCGAAAAUCAAGGAACGAGAGCGGAUGAUUAUGAUUACGAUGACGAAUUGGAGGAUUGGGAACGACAACUUGAUGCUCUAAACUACAGUUUGACUGCGUCCCUCUAAGACUAUUGUAUUCAGCCAUAUGGAAGUUAUUUUUUUAUAUAGACUAUAUAGACUAUAUAGGAUUCUGAGAUAAGGCUACUAUAAUGCGGGUUUACCUACUUUCUGUUCAAGGAUGACAAUGACUUACUUCUUUUUCCAUCAUGACUGUAUUCAUAUAAUUUUAUAUAUAUUAUAAUUAUCCAUGUGGCAUGAAUUAUUUCUGUAUGGACAAGCAAAGUACAAAUAUUGUACCCAGGUAUCUCAGCUGGUCGACACAUACAUGAUAGAUCGCAGUGAACUUGUUUUUGGUGUGCAUGCCUUGUCUGUGUUACCAAUAUGCAAAGGCAUUGUGUUACCUAUUGUAUCAGGUAUAACGUUAGGUAACAUUACUAUAAUUCAAGAUCGCCAGGUAAAACAUAUUAAUCCAA